AUGUUCGGUGUUCCCUAUCGUUCUCUGAUAAAUCAUACGAAGCGCUGCAGCUUGCUGGUGAAUAAAUUUUUUAGGUGGACAAAUGCCGAAACGGUGCACAUCGCAUCAUCACCCCAGUCCAGUGCUACCGUCCGGGCAUGCCAUAAUGUAACGUUCGGUCAGCCUGUACCUAGCACCCAUCCACAUUUAAUACGUCCGGGUGAAGUGUUGGCCGGAAUUCCGCUGAAAGAGGUCAAAGCUAGGCGGCACACGUUGCUGCAUGCAUUACGGGACCAUGCCGCGGUACAAACUGGUGCUGCCACGAAUCAUAUUGUGGUGAUACCUUCCGCUAGCAAGAAGUACAUGAGCAACAAGAUUCCGUACGUUUUUCGGCAGAAUACGGACUUCCUAUAUUUAAGCGGAUGCCAAGAACCGGACAGCGUGCUUGUGUUGGAAAUCGAUACAAACGGCAAUUGCAAAAACUCACUGUUUGUGCGCUCUAAGGACAAAACGGCAGAGAUGUGGGAUGGUCCUAGGACGGGCGUUCAGCUCGCUCCGGAUGUGUACGGUGUGGAGGAAGCGUACGAUAUCGGUAGUUUAAAGGACUAUUUGACAAAGUAUGGGUUUGCUAAUCCUAGCUCUAUAUAUUGGUACGAUGAGCAGUCGUCCGAUCUGUUCAAUGUAUCGAAGAUACUCAGGGAUGUGACCAAUCAUCAAACGAAAUCUCCAAUUGAAUUGAUUCAUAGCCUUCGGCUUAUAAAGUCUGAAAAUGAAUGUGAGCUAAUGAGAAAAACGUGCCAGGUGGCUUCCAAAGCCAUCAAUAGGACGAUCGUGAACAGUUACCCAGGCAUUAGUGAGCACGAGAUAUAUGCCAACGUUGACUACUACGCACGUAUCAAUGGAGCCAACUUUCUAGCGUAUCCGCCAGUGGUAGCAGGCGGUACUAACGCUACGAUUAUCCAUUACAUCAACAACAAUCAAAUUGUAAAGGGCGGUGAAUUGAUACUGAUGGACGCAGGAUGCGAAUAUCAUGGGUACACGAGUGACAUUACAAGGACGUGGCCGGUCGAUGGCAAAUUUAGCGAACCACAUCGAGUGCUUUACGAAAUUUUGCUACAAAUUCAGCUAGAACUUUUGGCCUGUUUACAGUUUCAGGGCGGUGAAUCGUUAGAUCAACUGUUCGAUACAAUGUGCGCAAAAAUAGGCAAAUAUUUGCAGGAAAUCAAGUUGAUACCUGGCUCGCUUUCUGCUCUGGAGCUUUCACGAGCUGCUUACAAAUUUUGCCCACAUCAUGUGUCCCAUUAUCUCGGCAUGGAUGUCCACGAUACCCCAUUGAUAUCUAGGAAUAUCAAACUGCGCCCCGGGAUGGUGUGCACGGUAGAGCCAGGCAUUUACAUACCACAAAACAAAUCAGACGUCCCGAGUGAGUUUCGUGGUGUAGGUUUGCGUAUUGAGGAUGAUGUGCUUAUUAAACCGGGAAAUGAAAUAGAAAUUCUUACCAAGGAAUGUGUGAAAGAUACUUCUGUAAUAGAGGACAUGAUGAGCAGUAAAGCAAGAGGUUCCUUGUCAUAA